CUCAGCCCUGAUGCAGAUGUCGUCCCCAGUUCCCAGCCUGCACGCCGGUCCCGGGAUGCUGCCCGGUCGCGUAAACGGCCGGCUUCACGGGAGCGUGGUGGCCCCGCACGGGCCCGAGGUUCGCAUUCCGGGCCUCGGUCUGCCCCCUCCCCAUCUCCUGCUGCCAGUGUGAUGUCCGUGGCAGCUUCCUGGAGCGCUCUGGAUGAGCCUGACUUGGAGGAUUCCCCCCCUCCCCCUGCAGCUCGUGGUGAGCAGCUGGCUCCAGCUGCUUCUUCUCGUCCUCUCAUGUCUCGUGACUCAGCGUCUCCUGCUCCUGUUCGUGUCGGCAGGACGCCCUCUGGUGGCCGAUCUCGGUACCAGUGUUCUUCUACAGCGGGUCCUGGCUCCCUGCCCGCUCGAGGACGUCAGGAUGAUGAUGCUGUUGCUGGUCCCAGCUCUGCAGCUGGUGCUCCUGGACGUGUGACCCCGGCAGGACCCGUGGCAGGCAGUGGCACAGCCCCCCAGCCUGCUUUGGGACCGUUUUCGGGAUUUGGCGCCGGCCGCGGAUCCAGUGGGGGUGGAGGUUCCAGCCUGGAUUUGGAGCGUGGUCGAGGAUGGGUCUUGAGUCAGGUGGCUCGGUCGCUGGCUCCGUCCACCUUGUCGGCAUACACCAGGUACUGGCAGGACUGGGAGGCGUCCUUGCGGGAAGUUGGUGGUCCUGCUUCGCGGGAAGGCAGACUGUCCGUUUUGCUGUUCGUGGUGGGCACGGAAUUUUCUCGCGGGGUUUCUGUGGCGAGCAUUACUAAGCGCCUGGCGGCUCUUGCUUUUUAUUUUAAGAUGCAUGGGGAGGUGGAUUUGACUAAGGAGUUCUUGGUUUCCCAGGCUAUGAAGGGCUAUCGGCGUGGUUGUAGACGGGUGGAUAGUCGGCGUCCUGUCACUUUUGAUUUGCUGGGGCGUUUGUGUGUUUGUUUGCCUGGGGUUUGCUUUUCUGAGUUUGAGGUUUGUCUUUUUCGUUUGAGUUUUGUUUUGGCCUUUUUUGGUGCUUUUCGCGUUAGUGAGCUGGUUAGUCCGAGCACCACUACGGUUGGGGGGUUGCUGUUUUCUGAUGUUUUGCUUAGGGAUCGGUCUGUUUCUCUUUUGGUUCGUCGUUCUAAGACUGAUCAGUUGGGACGGGGAUUUCGCGUCUGUUUGUUUGGGUUGGAGGGGUCUGACCUUUGCCCAGUCCGUUGUUUGCGUUCCUUUUUGGCUGUGCGGCCGCCUGGGGAUGGUCCCUUGCUGGUGCAUGUGAAUGGAAGUUCUCUGUCUCGCUUUCAGUUUUUGGCGGUUUUCCGCAAAUGCUUGUUGGCGUGUGCCUUGAACCCGGGGGAGUUUGGGACCCAUUCUUUUCGGAUAGGCGCGGCCACCCAGGCGGCUAGGUGGGGUCUGGGUUUCUCGGGAUGCCUGAUCUGGAUUCUGGGCCAUUCAUAUGUUUACUGGGCGGCGCGUAGGGCCAGUGUUCGUCCUCGCGGUCGGCUUUUGGGCCUGGAUCCGGACCUGGUACAGCAUCUCCGCGAACAUAAGCCGACCGGAACUGCUGCCAAAAUGGUGGUGCUUGUGGUGACAGCCUUUCCUCGAUCCUCCAAACUGGGGAGAGGAAAUCACCGAAAGCGUUGCCAUAUUGCCCUGAGUUCAAGUUAG